CUGCCCCUCAUGGCUUUUGAUCGGUACUUGGCCAUCUGCCAGCCUCUCCAUUAUCCUAUCAUCAUGAAGAACCAUCUCUGCAUGAACCUGGUGGCCCUGUGCUGGGUCACAGCUUCCCUCUGCUAUCCGAUCCCUAUCUACUUUAUCACACAACUCCCCUUUUGUGGCCCCAACACCAUUGACCACUUUGUCUGUGACCCUGGUCCUCUUCUGGCCCUGUCCUGCAUCCCUGCCCCUGGAAUUGAGCUUUCCUGUUCUAUAUUGAGCUCUCUUAUUAUCUUCAUCACCUUCUUCUUCAUCUUUGGGUCCUACACCCUGGUUCUCAGAGCAGCGUUGUGUGUCCCUUCAGCACCUGGCCGACGUAAGGCCUUCUCCACCUGUGGUUCCCAUCUGGCUGUGGUGUCUCUUUUCUGUGGAUCUAUCAUGGUGAUGUACAUCAGCCCAACCUCUGGAAAUCCAGGUGAGAUACAGAAGGUUGUAACCUUGCUCUACUCAUCGGUGACCCCACUUAUAAACCCUCUGAUCUACAGUCUCUGGAAUAAGGAUGUGAAAGUUGACUUGAGAAAAAUUUAUAUGUGCACAGAAAUUAGUCAAGAAAAGUGA